GCAUCUGGGUUCUAAUCCAUUUCCACUAUUCACUGGCUGUGUGCCCUUGAGCAAGUCACUUCCCCUCUCUGAGCUGUUUGUUUCCUCUUAUGUAAAGUGGGUAUAGUUAUGGUUCUGAUCUUAUAGGGUCCCACGAGGGCUUUAUAAUGGGGCUGUGUGUGGAGGACACUUAGCAGCCACAGGCCAGCAGCAGGGCCUCAGUUACAGUUCUGGGGCAAGAAUCGGGUUCCUGUGGCUGUUUCACCACCACCCCCUUCUGCCUUUGGACUAUUUAUCCUUGGACUUCUCUCCCUGGUGUGGGUCACCCCCUCCCGGACUGGUCUGGUGACUCCAGGAGUCUGAGGGUUGGGGAAGGAAUGCAGGCAACCAGCCCAGGGCAGGAUCCUGGCCGGCCUCCUAGCUGUGCUUGGGCGAUUAGCAGCCCGCCUGGUCGUGGCCCCUGCUCUGGACUGGACACCAGCCUGGUCCCUCCCUGGUCCCUGGAGCUGACAUCUGCCUUCUACACCUGCCAGCUUGACCCAUCCUGACAGACCUGGAGCCUCAGGCCAGCCAACUGGGGUUUGGUCCAUCCCGCAUAGCGCCACUUCAGGCCUUAGUUUCCCUAUUUGGGCAGCAGAAAAGUCUGGGUCGGCUCAGAGAGGAGGGCAUCCCCCAGCCAAUGUGGUCUGCUGUCUCCCCCUGGUGGUGCCAUGUGGUAUAAGGCAUCUGUGAACCCACAGAAUACUGUCAUCCCAUUCUACAGAGGAGGAAACUAAGGCUCAGAGAAGUUAAAUCAUUUGCCCCAGGUCAGCAAAAAGUAAAUGGUGAGGCUGGGAUUGGAACCCACCUCUGUCUGGGUUUGGAGCUCCGAUCUUAACUGGGAAGUUUCAAUCCCUGACAGGCCAACACCUGAAGCACCUCUCAGUCCUUGCAGACAUGCAGGUCUCAUGAGCAGAACUUGGGGGAGGAAGACAGCUCCAGUCUCCAGACCUGACCUGACCUUGGUAGAGCCCUCCAAGGCUCAGACAGGGAAACUGAGGGCAGGGUCCAGCCCUGUAGGCCCUGACUGGGCGUGUGCCCCCUGCCCCACAGAGCUGCCCCCAUCUGAGUUCCUGCAAGUGGCCGAGGCCACAUGGCUGGUGCUGAACGUGUCAUCCCACAGUGGCGCAGCAGUGCAGGCUGCUGGGGUCACCAAGAUCGCCCGCUCAGUAAUUGCACCACUGGCCGAGCACCACGUGUCGGUGCUGAUGCUGUCCACCUACCAGACAGACUUCAUCCUGGUGCGAGAGCAGGACCUGUCCGUGGUGAUCCACACGCUGGCCCAGGAGUUCAACAUUUAUCGAGAGGUGGGCGGGGAGCCUGUGCCCGUUGCCAGGGAUGAUUCCAGCAACGGCUUUCCCCGUGCCCAACAUGGGCCCAGCCCCACGGUGCAUCCCAUUCAGAGCCCAGAGAACCGUUUCUGUGUCCUCACGCUGGACCCUGAGACGCUGCCAGCCAUCGCCACCAUCCUCAUUGAUGUCCUCUUCUAUUCGCACAGUCCGCCUAAGGAGGCAGCCUCCGGUGGUCCUGGAUCCAGCUCCAUCACCUUCUUUGCUUUCUCCCUCAUUGAGGGCUACAUCUCCAUUGUCAUGGAUGCUGAAACGCAGAAAAAGUUCCCCAGUGACCUGCUGCUGACCAGCUCCUCAGGGGAGCUGUGGAGGAUGGUGCGCAUCGGCGGACAGCCCCUGGGCUUCGAUGAGUGUGGGAUUGUGGCCCAGAUCGCAGGUCCCCUGGCUGCAGCUGACAUCUCCGCCUACUACAUCAGUACCUUCAACUUUGACCAUGCCCUGGUGCCGGAGGAUGGCAUCGGCAGUGUCAUCAAGGUCCUCCAGCAUCGGCAGGAGGGUCUGGGCUCCUGAGGCCCUGAGGGGAACAGCAGCCGCCAGGCUCUCCCCUUGUCCUCAAGCUUCCAGAGGCUUCUCAAAGCUUUUUUCUCAAGCUCUGGGAUGCUCCUGUCAGGGGACUCCUUCCUCUCUGUGUAUGUAAGCUGCGUGUAGACACUGGCUCUCACGUGGACACGCGUGUCUGCCCAAUGCAGGGGAACACGGUGCUCAGGGCUUCCUCCAGGAAGCCCUCAACCCAUCACUCCCUGUGGGGCCUUGGCAUUUGCACAUUCCCUGCCUGAGGCCCGAGCCUUCCCUCUCUCAGCGCCCUGGGUGGGCCGGCUGCUCCCCAGAAGGCCUGAUCUCCCUUCUGCCUCUGGCUCUGUUGCCUUUCCUGGCCAAGUGAGUUCUGACAGUGCCUUCCCUUCCUGGGGCCUCCAAAAAAAGUAUUUUUACAUCUCUCUAUCUCUCUUCUUUUUUAAUCAACUUGUUAAUAAAGAGUUUGUAGUGAG